AUGUGUCGUUUUUUAAUUUUCAAAGGCAAAGAGCCGAUUCGUUUAUCGCAUCUUCUGACGCGACCUGCACAUUCGAUUAUCAAGCAAUCGUUUGAUAGUCGGCUGCGGCUCGAUACUAGAAGACCUAUCAAUGGUGACGGAUUUGGGCUGGCAUACUACUCAGCGGACGAAGAACUUGAAGAAGAUGGACCCUGCAUCUUUAAGGCCAUCACACCAGCGUGGAAUAACCAGAACCUGGACGUGCUAGCUGAAAAGACCAAAUCUGCGCUCGUUUUCGCGCAUGUUCGGGCCUCCACGUACGGUGUGCUCUCCGAGACCAACUGUCAUCCGUUUACUUACCAUCGCAUCACUUUUAUGCACAACGGUGGAAUAUCAAAUUUCCUCAAGAUCAAGAGACGGUUUUUGGCUCACUUGGACGACGAAUACUUCAAUCUUAUUCAAGGAAGCACCGACUCAGAGUGUGCAUUUGCGCUUUUCCUCGAUACUCUGCACAAGAUGGGCUGCGACACUUCUGACAAACGGGGCGAUUUUGGACAUGCUACGCUACGCAAGUGCAUGAUGCAGACCAUCGAGUACAUCAAGGACUGGACCCGGGAGGCCAAUGCGUCGGAUCCCUAUGCUGAGCCUUCGAUUUUGAAUUUUGCCGUCACAGACGGAGCUAGUGUGGUUGUUUCGCGGUACGUGACGUCCAAGACCGACGAAGCCGCGUCUCUGCAUUUCAGCUGCGGAUCGCGCUUCGUCGAGUCGUCCCCGGGUGAGUACCGCAUGGAACGGCUGGACAGAAACCAAGACGUUAUUAUGGUUGCCUCCGAGCCUCUCACAUUCGAACGUGGUGACUGGACUACUGUACCCACCAAUAGCAUUCUUACUAUCAAGAAUCAGACUGUCUUACUACACCCUAUUGUCGACGAAUACUACCAAGAAGAUCCACUUUACAUCCGCAGCUCAUCGCUUGCAGAAAGAAAGGGUCUUAUGGGUUCCGUGCCACUUUCCAAACCCUUGGAGCGGAACGUGCCACCUUUGGAGAGAGAGGGUCGUUCUAGACCUCACACCUCUGCCGUUCGUGCAUGA